GCCGGCGGCGGGGCGGAGCCGCGGAUGUGCGUUGUGUGGAGGAGGCGAGGCCGCGGCCGGGGGCGGUGCGGGGCUGUACGUUUUGCUCUUUGUUUCACUGCAAGUUUCUUCAGAAGCGGAGGAAGGCUGCAGAGGGCACACGCUGAUCCACAUUACAGCUGGAACUGCCCUGUUGGAUGUAGGGCAGGCCAUGUUACCGUACAGCUGCAUGCCCUGGGGGGCUGCACUGUGCUGCAGAAGGGGGUCUGCCUCAUUCCUGCCCAACAUGGAGACCUGCUUGUGUGUGCUCCCAUUUGCCAUCUGAAAGCUGUUUCACAACUGUACGGAGAAACAUCUGCAGGCCUCUCUUGCAGAGAAGCAGAUGAUUUACACCAGCCAUGUCAGCAGCUGAAGAGGUUUCCCAGCUCUCUGGCUUGGUGGAUCUCUGCUAGUCACACUGGAAUCGCUGACUGGCAGCGUUGAUGUUGAGUGUGCUGUGUUUCAAGGUGUUGAGGAAAAUGCAGAGACGGCACAGCAGCAACACUGACAGCGCUCCUCCUGAAAGAAACCGGAGCCAAACGGUCAGUUCUGAAACCAGCGUGGAUGAAAGUGGGGUGUUUGAAAGUCUGAAGGCUGAGACUUCCUCACCACAGCAGCUGUUCUCUGGCCUGGCUGGAAUCCCCUCAGGGUCCAUCACAGCUGCACCGUUCCAGUCAGGUUUGGUCCUGGGCUCUUCAGCAGGAGGUGGGGAGGUGUUCAUUCAGAUGCCGGCCCCAAGGGAAGAGGGAGCAACCCGCACAGAAGGAGCCCCGUUUCACCACCGGCAGCAGCCCCAUCAUUUCCACCAUGGCCAUCACCGUGGUUCGUCCCUUCUGCACAUGGCAGGAGGGGACCGUCAUGGGCACUCUGAGGAAGGCAGUGAGGAGCAGGCUGGGACUCCAGCACCGGCGCUUUCAGAGCUAAAAGCAGUGGUUGGUUGGCUGCAGAAGGGCCUUCCCUUCAUCCUCAUCCUCUUGGCUAAAGUCUGUUUUCAGCAUAAGCUUGGGAUUGCUGUGUGCAUUGGUAUGGCCAGCACAUUUGCCUAUGCCAACUCCACGCUCCGAGAACAGGUUGCUCUAAAGGAGAAGAGAUCAGUAUUGGUUGUCUUCUGGAUCUUGGCCUUUCUCACUGGGAACACCCUGUACUUGCUCUACACGUUCAGCUCCCAGCAACUGUACAACAGCCUGAUAUUUUUGAAGCCCAACAUUGAGAGACUGGACUUUUUUGACCUGAUGUGGAUUGUGGGGAUCACAGACUUUGUGCUGAAGUAUCUCACCAUUGCAUUGAAAUGCCUCAUUGUUGCCCUGCCUAAGAUCAUCCUUGCUGUCAAGUCAAAGGGGAAGUUUUAUUUGGUUAUUGAAGAGCUGAGCCAGUUGUUCCGAUCCCUCGUCCCCAUCCAGCUGUGGUACAAAUACAUCAUGGGAGACGACCCAUCCAGCAGCUAUUUCCUAGGAGGGAUCCUGAUCAUCCUGUACAGCCUCUGCAAGUCUUUUGACAUCUGUGGCCGUGUGGGAAGUGUCCGGAAAGCACUGAAGGUCCUUUGUACCCCACAGACCUACGGGGCCCGUGCCACCAGCCAGCAGUGCAGUGAGGCAGGGGACAUCUGUGCCAUCUGCCAAGCAGAGUUCAGGGAACCUUUGAUCCUUAUGUGCCAGCACGUGUUUUGUGAAGAAUGCCUCUGCCUCUGGUUUGACAGGGAGAAGACCUGUCCCCUUUGCCGUUCUGUCACAGUAGAAACCCUGCGUUGCUGGAAGGAUGGCACCACCUCUGCUCAUUUCCAGGUGUAUUAAAGCCAACGCAUAUCACCCAACAGAAUGACCUGCAUGGAGAGAAGGAAGACCAGAACAUCCUCUGAUCCCAUGCUGCUAUUUAGUCACCUGCUUGUUCUCCCAGCACUCUCACUCCAACAACUGGUAGAACAUCAAUUGUUGGUAGCCAGAAAAGUCAUCCUCCAAGGCAAGGGAGAAAGGGAGAUGUGCUUCUGUUGUGGUGACCUCCAUGGCCAAGAACUCCAAGAACUUUCCUUGCACUUACGUGGUUAGAAACUGAUUGGUGUGUCUCCUUUUUCCUGCCCUUCUAGGAGAGGUAAACAUAGCACAUAGCAGGAGGGUGCACCACCACUCCCCACUGCAUGUGUGUGACCUGCUACAAUGGAAAAAAGCCAUCGUUCUCUGGCUGUAACUUCCUUGAGUUGUAACCUCAUAGUGUUUCACAGUCGCUGUUACAUGACUGUUGAGAACUCUUCCAAACCACUCUUUAGAGCCACGUUCCCAAAGACUCUUUUGGGGGUUGGAGUUGCGUCCCAGCGGCUGUUUCUGUGACUGAUUGACAAACUGUGCGUGCUGUGUUGCCAUCCUCCUGACACCUCCAGGAGCUCCGUGCUGGCGGAGCUGGAGCUGUUCCUUUCUUUCUUUGGGGAUGCUUUUCCUUUUUAGUUUACAUGAGGGGCUUUCUGAUUUCCUGACAGAUGGGGAGAGCCAUACGAGGCAAAGAAAGGAUAAAGUCAGGUUUGGUUUGAAUUUAAGGUGCUAGCCAGGCCAGCCUCAAACAAGUGAAGGUGCACCACGCUCCCGCAGCACUGUGAUAGAGCACUGCUCACUGCUUGGCAUUCCAACCCACCUGGUCCAAAAGCACUGUGCAGCCCAGAGCCUGGGUAGCACUGUUGCUAGCAGAAGGGCUGGGGCAUGGGAUACAGGGCAUGGGAUACACCUGCAGCAGAGCUUGGCUGCAGUGAGAUUUACUGGCUGGAAGCUGGGAUUGUACAGGAGCAGCUGCAUUGCUCCAAGAGCAAGCCUGGUUCAUAUCCAAGCUGGACUGCCCACCUGAGAGGUGCAGGUUCAUUCUAGCAGCUCCGCUUCAGAAAAAGCUCUUUAAGGAGCUGCCCUGCGCUGUGAACAGAAUUAGCACUCUUCGUGUCUGAGGAAGAGGAGAUUGCUGCAGUUUCCAUCUCUGCUGAGUGUGCUGCAGGAGCACUUGCAUGCAAAUGGAGCUGCUGCUGUUCUUUUGCCGGAGCUUUCUCCUUCAUUGCACAACCUCUGCUUUGUGCUCUUUGCCCACAGAAGGUGUCUCAUUAGGCUUUGUGGCAUCUUCUGUGCUCAUUGCUAUGGAAAUGGCCGUAAGGUUACAAUCCCACUUGAGUGGAUAAUCAGGAAGAGCUGUACCUGGGGGACAUGAGCCUCUGCGAGGGCACUGAGUGCCGCCUUCCCCUCCUGCUGCGAAACUCCACAGGGAGAAGAAUUAAAGCAAACAGCAGCUAAUGGUAACGGGAUUAAGGCUCAACAUGCUGUUGAAAAUAAUGGUUAAGUAUGGCUGGAGGAGAAAGGAGAGGCAGAGCGUGAGCAGGGAUACAGCCCGCAUCUGCUUUGAGAUACAGGGAGGAGGAACAGCUGUACUUUUUGUAACAACGCACUUUGAUUCAUAUCAAUGGACGCCAUGAAAGUGGAAAACCAAGGCAAGUUGUCCAGUGGCUAUCUCCAAUGGGAACAGACUGUCUGGGAUGGGGAGCUCUGGAGGGAAGCAAGCAAAGCUCUCAGUGCAACAGCCCAGUGUAUGCCUGCAAAAUGGGAACCACGGACCAUAGGGAUGGGAUGAUUCCUGUUCUAAUGACAGCUCAUGGAUUCUCUCAAACUUUAGAGCAGAAAUAAAAACCAGAGCCUUUUUUUUUUUUUUUUUUGCCACUGAACAGUAGUUUUUCUUCUUUUUUUUUUUUUUUAAUAAAGUCAUUAUAAAUAUGUACAAAGAGUCUCAGCAUAUGAAAUUCCUUUUACAAAAGAGAGAAGCCGCAUCCAACUACAAACAGGAGACUUUGUGAAUCUGUAUCAACAGCAAACGUACCCUUUGCUCUUGCUUUUCUGAGGGUGGAAACUUGCACAGUGCCUCUGCAAGAGCUUACAUCUGAGUCGUGCUAAACCAGACCUGUGCGAGGAACUGUGUACUCAGUGCAUCUCAUUUAUUUUGCUGUGUUAGAAAUGAGUCCAGGAGCAGAACGGACACUCGUCCCAAGGAUAGAAGCUAAAAGGGAGAUUUCUUUUGCUAAACUGGAAUGAUUGGAAAGGCCACGCCAUGAACGUCCCCAGACACAGCGCCCAGUGCAGUUGAGUGGCAGCUGUAGCUACUAAUGGGAGGAGACCAACAGUUCCAGGCCCAGACAGCAUCAGUGUCUGUCGAGCUCCAAAGUCACAUUCUGUAAACACUGAAAACUUUGGGAAAUUGAAGUACUGAAAGAAGAGCCACGUUUGGGAGUGUGACGGCUUUUGGAGCCGUAGGUAGUUCGCUAUAUAUAACUCAGCCUUCUGUUGAGAUUGGGACAGCUGUCUUAAAACAAUGUGUAAGAAAAUUAAAGAUUCAUACGAUGGGAGCCGUGUUAUGCUGUCUGACCAUAGCAGUGAUACAGCGUACAGAAGGGAACGAUCUCCUUUGGGCUCCAAGGCAGGAUGCUGCACGAGGGCAGAGCACCCUCUGUGCUAACAUGGCAGGGACAAGCCUGGCUGCUCAGUGCCUGCGGACGCAGCAACCAGCUGACAGCAGAUGUUUCCAAUCACUUUCAGCAGAAAGAGUGCUGCUCCUGCUUCUGCGGCGCAGUUAAGCCUCAUAUAAUUUUAGCACGAUAUGGAAACAAAACGACUUCGCAGAUCAGAUUAAGCUGAUUUAACAAGUGUUUCUGAUUUAAGAAAAUUGCUUGAGUAAUGGGCUUAGCUAAAUUGGGAUAAUUUCUGCAUGCCAACAUGCACUGAAACAGAAGCAGGAUGGGUUUCUCGCUCCUGUGGCUGUUAGCUCACUGAUGGCUGAUCUGCUCUGCAUUGCUAUGGAGCGGUAUUUGUCCCAGGCACGAGGCAGCAGGCACUGCCGUCCUGCACCAUGCCAGAGGUUGAACUCCCAUUCCCUAUUUCCUUACCUACCUACAGUAAUUAUCAGAAGGAAUCUGGAUGAGCUCAAUUCUGUCCUGGGUGUAACACAGCCAUCUGCAAGCAGAAUUCAUUCGGCCAAGUGACUUUACCAGGCGGGGAGGGCAGCUGACGAGCAGUGUGCGCUGCACCACUGUUUUAACUUGAACUAUGAAAUCCUGCUAUGUGAUGGGAGCUGCCUCGGUGGAGUGCAGCUUUAAAAAUUAAUAAAGACUUUUCUCACAGCCACAUUAUGCGGCGUUCUAUAUAGACUAUGAUCUCAUAACCUCCUCCUCCUCUGGCUUCGCACGUGCCGGCUGCUGAAACCCAAGCUGAGGGCUUUUUUUUUGUUGUUCAUUUAGAGAGCACAACCCAGUACUCGCGGAGGCACAACUGCGGAGCUAAUCAAAAUCAAUGACUUCUUGGCUGCUGUAAGAAAUAAAAAGACAAAGAGAGGAGAGGAGUGAGUGGGAGAGAGAGAGGAACUGUGCUGGUUUCCUUCCCAUCAGUAGCAGCUCACGCAGCCGCUGCGAUGCGGCACGAAGGGCACUAGGGGAGCAUACAGCGUGCUUUCUUGUCCAGUAUAAACAUCAACCAGGUUGAGCAGAUAUUUUUAAAAGGAUAAAAACACCCCUUUUCAAAAAACAGAGGCAUUCCAGGAUAGCAAUUAUAGCAGAAAACGUAAGGCUUUGACAAAUAGAUACCCUCCAGUAAGUAAUGCGGUUUCUGUACAGUGAGUGCUGGCUAUAAAGUGCUGGGAGGCUGUUCUCUGGCAAAGCUUGCUUGACCAGCAACUAAUAGAUCCAAGUCUCCAAAAGUUAACCCUUGGCUCGCCCUGAACGCCCCAUUCAGAACUACAAAAGUGAAGUCAAUCAGGAUGAAAACAGGACCGGGUUCCAUUCCUGCUCUCACGUACACUUGGGAAGCACCACGGGUUUGGCUGCUGUCCCAUGAGGGUAACAACAGGCACCGCAUCCUCAGCCAUUGGGGCUGAGUGCUGGGAACAACCAGGGAAGAGAUCCCCUGGGAAAUCCACUUUGUUUCUAUUGGUUUGCUUGUGGUUUGGUUUGUUUGCUCUGCAGAAAAGCCCGUCCGUGGUGAGUUGGUACUGAGGAACACGAGGCAGUCCCUGUUUGGUGAGGCUUCCCCAGAGUGUACGGCAGUACAUUUACCAUAGUAAUGCUACGGUAAGAACAGAACUAUCUCCUUCCUUUGCUGUGCUGUAAUGUUUCAGGGGAAUUGCCACCUGGGAGGAAUGCUACACGUCUCCAGGCUGCAGGCCUGGAAAGCCAGCAAGGCAGAGAAACCAACGCGGUGCAAACUGUUUGCACGGGAGAGAGAAGGGAAAAGGUAAUAAUGCAUAUUCUGGGUCAGAAGUUUAUUAUAAACAUUCAGAUCUCAGGAGCUAGUAAGAACUGUUAAGGGUGAGGGAUGUGGGAGAGCCCUCUCUCUUGCACUGAGAUGUGUAGCCAGCUCCCCUGGCUUUUUUUGCAGGAAACUGUAUUUUUUUAGGCUGUACCUAAUCCAGCAGUCACUAAUCCUUGCAGCACUGCUGAAAUCAGCUGGGGCUCCUCCUUUUGCUAGAAGAAUUCUUACUUAGAUCAGUAGGUGACUGAGCCGGGCAGGGAUGCAGGACACAUCGGGCCACAAGUGGCAGAACAGUGUUUGAUUGGUGACUCAUCCCUGCGGCUCUGAGGCCGUCCACACUCUAUCCACAGACAAAAUACACGUAGCUACAUGAUCCCUCCCACCACUGCACAUGAUAGAAAGUAGGGCAAGGUUACGCAUCAGGAACAAUCUAUGUUUUCAGCAUAGCCCUUCUGCUGUUUGGGAACUGACUCGGAUCAACGCUCCCCAUGAAUUCGUCUGCAGGUGCCCAAAACACAUCGGUGAAUAUUUGAUAAAGAGACAAUUUACCUUUUGGAUCACUUAGAAACAUUUCUCCUGCAGUAGUGACAAUCAGGAAGUUUAAGUGGGACAGAGCAGUUUGCUCCUCGAUUGGAUGCAGGUUAGGAAGUGUCGUUAAAAAACAAGGAACUUCCUUUAAAAACGGAAUGCUUCACAUCCCUGCAUGCCUUUGGAAGUUCCCCCUGCCACGCAGAGGUCAGUUUUGUGCUGCAAAUGUCUGGAGCUGGGAAAAAUGUUUCUAAAAUGAUGUGCAUAAGAAUUAGAGUCUCUUGCUGAGCCUAGAUGGAACUCUUUGCCCUGGAUCACAGGAGGCGAUACUAUUUACACCCCCAUCCAGGGGGUUCUGCAGUAGCAGACUUUGAUGCGGACACAGCUGUGACGGGAGCUGGUGUGUCCCUGCCACCUCAGUGAACGCUGCUUCCCAAGCUCAGAACCGUGCAAAGAAAAAGAGCUGCCCCAAAGAAAAUGAGUUGUAUAAAGUUCUGAGCUGGAUGGUUUGUUCUGUCUGAAGUUUAUGCAGAGGCUGAAGAAAAGAAAAAUAAAAUAGCACCUUCUCAACAAGUAGUAAUUUUUUUUUGCUCUUUUGUGUAUAAAUAUCAAUAACCAAAAUAGAUUUCUCCUUGUCCCAUGUUUCAGAACAUCCUCUUGGGGAAACUGUAGCACCACAGAGAGGCAAUCUAGCCCCGGACAAAUAGUAAAUGUAGCACCAGAGAAACAAAAACCAUAAGAAAAGCUUAUCUCACCUGGUGCUAUAGCGCUUAAUAUAUACACACACAAACUGUCUGCUGUCCGAGCUGCUAAGCACCUCUUCCCCCACCACCACGGUUACAACAUGCCCACAUUGCAGCAGGUAUUAUUUAACUCCAGAUGUGUAUCUAUUUUCUCUUGCUUGCUGCAUUGAAAGGGACACGGAUGCCACCAUAGACAAGGUGCACAGGAGACAGCGCUAGCAUUACAGCAGGGACAUCACUAAUCUUUUGACUCAGACUGCAGGAGCACAAAUGCUCAUACCACCAUCAUCUACAAGGAAUGUUGCUUACGUUCUCAACAAGGCAUGCACGUUUUAACGUAUGCAUACAGGAGGGUUUACAUUCUUCUAUAUAUAAGCAUGUAUGUGUCUCUGUUUUGCGGCUGGGCCCUUGAACAGCUCCUUCGGUGCAAAUCCUUCUUCACGUUGCCCAAAGCACUUCCAACAUCUUCCACUUCUUUCUUUAUCUCCACUCUUCACAGCUGCUGCUCAGGCUCUGGAUUCCCUGUAGGAAGAGGGGAAACAAUUUUCUCCAAGGGCACAGGGUUUUUCUCCAGCCUAAGAAAGCAAAAGAAUUGUGUUUGGUUUUAAUUAUAUUGAUGCAUUGCUUACAAUAAAAGCUCCUUUAAAAUUUA